AGCAACAUCUUUUUCGACGUGCCCGAAUAUUAUGAACCAUAUUCCUAUCUUUUAACAUAGGAGUAUGGUUCAUAAUAUUCGGGAGCGUCGUUUUAAAAAAAGUUACUUUUGUGCCACAUCUGCAUUUUUGUGUGUUUUUGCAAUAAAGGGCGAUGUCGAAGAAAAACCCACUGCUUUCGUCUGCAGGACUCACCUUUGAUGAUUUCACCCACAAUGCCAGAUUGAUGCCAGCUGCAGCUCCUGUUCCUGUGGCAACGGUUGUCCCGGAUGUCCAAGGAUCACGUGGACAUUCUGAGGAACCAAAAGAGGAAAUCCGACCGGCAGUUUUCGGAUCACCGCCACCACCUGUUGCCGCUGAGGCGUCCUUCAGUGACAUCAGCUUGGAGGAGCCGAGUGCUGAGCAACAAGGAACCUUUUUGGGUGCAUCGGAACCUCAGCUGUACAACCCCUUGCAGGGAAUUGACCCAUACGACACUGCAGGGAGUAAAGUAACUUCUGGUCAGGGAGGAGAAUCGAUUUUUAAUCCUCUCGCCCAGGCGGCACAGCUGAAGGAAUCUCUCCAGCAUAUCCCAUCUGUGGCUUCUACGGUGUUCUCUACGUUCUCGAGCAUUCUCAAAGGAACUGCUGGGGAAUAUUCGCAGCAGCAGCAGCAGAGUGAGGGACCACCUGUGCAGGAGAGUAUUCAACAGGAUUUCUCUCAGAGUGCCUACAAGAGUCCUUUGGACGCGAUUUACGAGCAACAGGUGCUAAGUCAGACAUCACAGAAUCCCGUGGAACAACCCCAAGCGAGCCCUUUGCUAUUCUCACCGGAAGAUCCCACAAUUCCGGCAUUUUCAACUGCGCACGCUCCUCCGCCGUCAUCUGGAUCGUCUAAUACUUUUCGCCUCGGCGGAAGUAAGAAGAAAACCUACGCUCCCGUUCCGGGGCUCUCAAGUGGUGCUGGGAAUUUUGUCCCACAGGAAACUCCGUCGUUUCCUCAGCAAAAUCUUCCGCCACUUCCAAUUCCUGGGCAGAAUAUUGAGCAGCAGAAAUCAUCCGUAACACCACCACCUGUGAAUUUUUAUUCCACAUCGCAGCCUGUAGUGCAGCCAGGGGGCUUCCCGGAGCAAGUGAAUUCGAGCAUUCCAACACAACCAACUCAGGGGAGUCAGAAUAAAUUCUCUCUCUCAUCGUUCUUCUCAGCACCCAUUUUGGAUCGUUUUCAAGGGAAGAGCAACACACAGAACGAACAGGUUGCAGCUGAAAUUUCAUCCGUUGACGCUGUUGGGAGUUUCCAACAACAGACAAGCUUUACCCAGCCACAGGCUUCAGCGCCGAUUAAUCAAAUAAACCCACAACUCUUCAAAACAAAUCCAAUUGCCGCUUCUACAGCUCAAAAUCAACCACCAUCCAGUGGGAAUUUGCAUUUUGGAGCAUCGGGAUUUCCACCGGCAGCCAGUCAAGCAUUUCCAGAUCCUCUACAGCAUUCAUAUCAAGCUCCCGUCUUUGCUGGGACUGAGAGUAAAGGUUCAGUUGGUCCACCACCGACUAAUCAAUUUUUCGUUCCGGAAGUAAGCAAAGGAACAUCGCAGCAGGAAUCCUUUGGAGCUCCGCCAGUUAAUCAAACACCAAGUCCUCAACCAUUUGCAGCUUCAAGUACUCAAACAAUUACUCCACAGCCUUUUAUUCCUCCGCCCGUAACGCAAAAUCCUCAACCUUUCGUCCCUACUCAAGUUUCUCAAUCACCAAGUCCUCAGCUUUUUGUUCCGGAAUCUGUUAAUCCUCCGAAUCCGAGUCCUCAACUUUUUACUCCGACUCCUCCAGCUAAUUCUCAAGAAUUCCUUCCUCAAUCAACAACUCAAAAUAGUGGAGUUUUCAAUCCUCCUCCCCCUCCGAGUACAGCAAGUAAUUUUCCACCACAAUCAGCUCCUGUAUUUGUGCCACAAAGUUCGCCACUUUUACCACCGGAAGCACCAAGAAAGACCGAAACAUCAUCAGCUCCACCACCAACAAACACUGCCAAUCCCUAUAGUGGCUAUCGUUUAGCCAAAAGGACUCCAACGUACAAAAAUUCUCUUAUUCCGGAAACAAAAUCGACAUUCUUUGUGCCACAGCAGCAGCAGCAACAGCCUAAUCAAGCUCAACCGGUGCCCGUGAAUUUCUUCACCCCAGCACCACAGGAUAUUCCUUCAGCACCACAAAAUCUUCCAUUAGCUCCACAGCAGAGCCCCCAAGCAGAGCUUAAGAUUGAGACAAAAGUCUCAUCACCGACAAUCUUUAAAUCAACAUCCGAACCCGUUGCAGCGGUACGUCCUGAUCAGGCAUUUUUCCUUCCCAAGAGUCCGCAAGAGGAGAAGACACCGUACACCCCGGAGACGUCGCAUAUUGAUCAAUUGUGCACGGAUUUGGCGGCAACGAAAUUGCCGCAAGUGGUUCAGCAAACGCAAAAUUUCUUUGGCACCAAUCAAACAACGACAAAUUGGUUUGAUUCCAAUCAAAACGCCCAAUUAAUCACCGAUCACGCCACUACUGACGAAGACACCAACAAGAAUACAACGGAUAUUCAUGCGAGUUUCUUUGAUUGUCCGCCGGAUUUGAAGCCAGACCAGGCGCCGCCUAAUUUCUUUAGUUUCCCAAAAGUAAACGGGGACGACGUGAGCAUUAACAAUAAUUCGUUGAUUGUGGAGAAAUCAUCGGUGGACGAUAGUAAAGUCUCUUUGGCGUCUUUUGCAUCGAACGAGAAGGAGCAGCAGGCAACUAUUGAGGGAACUGUGCUGGCCAACGGAGAGUCUACCAGGGAGGCAGCCACAGAGGAGGCAGUGGUUUCCGCAGAUCAGCAAUUCAAUGCAAAUUUGCUAGAAAAUUCCGCGAUAACCGCAGAUAUGGCAUCAUCGAGAUUAACACCAACAACGAGUCCUGGACCACAGUCGGUGACGGACGCUCCAGCACCAAGUGGAACUUACCGGCCUGUGUAUAAGCAUUGGUUUUUCCGGCAGAAGGUUGAGGGUAAGGAUGUGUGGACACCAUUCUCAAUGACAGACUCUCUUGCGCUCGAGGAUGGCUUUAUGAAUCCCGCUGCAGCAGAAGGGGCAACAAUUGCCACAGAUGGUGGACGACAUGAUGUGAAUAUUACCAAUAGGACACGAACGUCAAUCUACUGGACGGCAGAAGUGAAUGAGGUGCGUCGUUGUUCGUGGUUCUACAAGGCUGUUGAUUCGCGUUUUGUGCCAUACGAAGAGGAGACGGCGGAUUUCCUCGAGGAGGAGUACAAGAAGGCCUUCACAAGUGGGCAAUGGCAUAAGCAGCUAACCCUUCCGGAUGGGGAUGCAGUGAAUUUCCACGGACCCAAUGUAAUGGUGCACUUCCUGCAGGCACAGACUCCCGAUGCAUGGGGGAAUACCCCACAAGUGACAAAUAGACCGCGUGUCAUUAAGCGUGGUGUGGAUGAAUUUAACAUUGAAGAUGGAGAACCUGAGCAGAUUGAUCAUAUCCUGUUUGUCGUUCACGGGAUUGGGAAGGCGUGUGAUUUCAAAUUUCGCACCGUUGAGGAGGUUGUUGAUGAAUUUAGGAGUAUUGCCCUGCAAAUGGUGCAAUCUCACUACAGAACAUCGUAUGAUGCUGGAGAAAUUGGACGUAUUGAAGUUCUCCCGAUUUCCUGGCACAGUGAACUCCAUUCCGAGGAGUCCGGGAUUGAUGCUAAACUCAAAUCAAUUACACUCGAAUCCAUUCCGAAGUUGAGGAACUUUACCAAUGAAACCCUUUUGGAUGUUUUAUUCUACACCAGCCCAAUCUUCUGUCAGAGCAUCAUGGAUACCGUGUGUGGGUCCAUUAAUCGCGUCUACAAGCUCUUCUGUCAGCGAAAUCCGAAUUUCCGUGGGGGUGUGUCAUUGGCUGGACAUAGCUUGGGCUCUCUUAUCCUCUUUGAUUUGCUUUGCCAUCAAAAAGCGCCCAGCGAGGGGGAGAGUGAAGUUGAGAAUUCGGAGAACCCUGAUCAGGGGAAUGUCAUGACACCAACUGAACCCAUCCUGAGGCCAGAGAAGCAAACGGAACAGCAGAUCAAUUACACAAUGGGACCAGCAGGAACAGGACAACCCUUCAUAAAUUACCCUCAAUUGGACAUCAGGCCGAAGAGUUUCUUUGCUUUUGGCUCCCCCAUUGGGAUGUUUGUUACAGUACGUGGUUUUGAUACCCUUGGGCUGGACUUUAAGCUCCCCACGUGCGAUAAUUUCUACAAUAUCUUCCAUCCCUACGACGUUGUGGCGUACCGAAUUGAAGGACUUGUGAAUCCAGAAUUGAGCUCCCUGCGCCCCGUGCUGAUUCCGCAUCACAAAGGAAGGAAAAGGAUGCACUUAGAACUCCGUGAGACCAUGGCACGUGUUGGUGGGGAGAUUAAGCAGAGAAUCUUUGACACUUUCCGUCAAACUGUGGACACUGUGACGCAAAUUACGAGCUUGGGGCGCACAGAUCCUCUAGCCAUAAAAUCCGAAGUGGACAAAGUCUUAGAGGAGCAGCUGCAUCUUGACGAAACAGCGCAUCAGGAGGUGAAUUCAGCCAGCUCAAGUGGUGGAAGUGAUUGCGAUGCAGGAGAGACGGAUUUACCGCUGGGGCGUCUCAAUCAAUCCCGACGGAUUGACUAUGUGCUCCAGGAGGCACCGCUGGAGUUCUUCAAUGAAUACAUUUUCGCCCUAACAAGUCACGUGUGCUACUGGCAAUCAGAGGACACCAUUCUUUUUGUGGUGAAGGAAAUCUAUUCAUCAAUGGGGGUACAGACGGACAACAAAAUCCCUCAGCAGAGUCUCACAAUUGAACGACCAACUGGGAAUAUUCCCACAAGAUAAGAGGGCACCCAGAGGGGGUUAAAGGGCGCAUGUUGUUCGAAAGAGGAGUAAAAAGUUAUUUAUAUUCUGGAUGUUUAUGAAGAUGAAAAUAUAUUAAAAGAAAAAUAUUA